UGAUGGGAUAUGUAGUUCCCCUGGAUUGAAUAAAGCCGCUGGAAACGUCCAUGGACUUCCUCUUUACUUAGCGAGCCUGUGGAGCACAGGCCAAAAUAAGCAACCAUGCCCACUGCCAGGAGCUGGGUUUGUCGCAAGACCUAUGUCACCCCCCGUCGUCCCUUCGAGAAGUCUCGUCUCGACCAGGAGCUGAAACUCAUUGGUGAGUAUGGGCUCAGGAACAAGCGUGAGGUGUGGAGAGUUAAAUUCACCCUGGCCAAGAUCCGCAAGGCUGCCAGAGAGCUGCUCACCCUGGACGAGAAAGACCCCAAGCGUCUCUUUGAAGGUAAUGCUCUGUUGAGACGUCUUGUCAGAAUCGGUGUCCUCGACGAGGGUAAGAUGAAGUUGGAUUACAUCCUCGGCCUGAAGGUUGAAGAUUUCUUGGAGAGGAGGCUGCAGACCCAGGUCUUCAAGCUCGGGCUUGCCAAGAGCAUCCACCAUGCUCGUGUCCUGAUCCGUCAGAGACAUAUCCGCGUGCGUAAGCAGGUGGUGAACAUCCCCUCGUUCGUGGUGCGCCUUGACAGCCAGAAGCACAUCGACUUCUCCCUGAGGUCUCCAUACGGUGGCGGACGCCCUGGCCGCGUCAAGCGAAAGAACGCCAAGAAGGGACAGGGUGGAUCCGGAGGCGCUGAUGAUGAGGAGGAAGACUAGGAAGGAUGUUGUCCAGGCAGUGUUGGUUGAUGCUGCCUGAUCAAUGUUUCAAUAAAAAAGUUUCACUUCAA